AUGUCCGACUCACCGCGAGGCGGUCAUACCUCCUCGAUAGACUCCCAGGAAAUCCCGAACAAGCCGGACAAGAAGAAGAGCCGCCGCCCUGCGAACACGGCCUUCCGACAACAGCGACUCAAAGCCUGGCAGCCCAUUCUUACGCCAAAGACAGUCCUGCCUCUGUUCUUCGCCAUCGGCGUCAUAUUCGCUCCCAUCGGCGGCCUGCUGCUAUAUGCCAGCACUCAGGUGCAAGAGAUUCGCCUGGAUUACACCCACUGCUCAACCGAUGCUCCCGACUUCAACAAGGGCUUCGGCCCCAUGCCCAGCAGCGACGUAGAGACUGCGUUCAAAACCUCGAACUCGUCGAUUGACGCGCAAUGGGCCGUGCAAUCCGGCGUCAACAUCACAGUCAACACGGGCGUCAGGAUCCCUGGCAACCGAUGCUACUUGCGAUUCAACAUCCCCGAGAGCAUGGGCCCGCCGGUCCUGUUCUACUACCAGCUCACCAACUUCUACCAGAACCACCGUCGCUACGCCGAUUCGUUCGACGUUGAUCAGCUCAAGGGACACAACAGGUCGUAUGGCGAUAUUCAUGGCGGAAAAUGCACUCCUCUGUACGGCGAAACUGUCGACGGUGUUAAGAAGCCGUACUACCCGUGCGGUCUCAUCGCCAACUCCAUGUUCAACGACUCGUAUACCAGCCCCGAGCUCCUGAACCCUCCCGGAGGCCGUGGUAACGAGACGCGAACAUAUCUGAUGGAGAACAACACCAACAUCGCCUGGAGCAGCGACAGAGAGUUGUACAACCCUACGACGCAGGCCCUAAGCGAGAUCCUGCCGCCCCCCAACUGGCGUGAUCGCUACCCCAAUGGCUACACCAAGGAGAACCCGCCGCCUAACCUGAAGGAAUGGGAGGCAUUCCAGGUCUGGAUGCGCACCGCCGGCUUGCCGACUUUCAGCAAGCUCUACCAGCGCAACGACACCGUAGCCAUGGCCGAGGGACGCUACCAGAUUAUCGUUGAUGACUUUUUCCCCACUACCGAAUACAGGGGCACCAAGUCCAUCAUCAUCACCACCCGUACCGUUGUGGGCGGUCGCAACAACUUCCUGGGCAUCGCCUACAUCGUCGUCGCCGGCCUGUGCAUUGUCCUCGGUGUCAUCUUCCUCGCCUCCCAUCUCAUCAAGCCAAGAAAACUCGGUGACCACACCUACUUGUCGUGGAACAACGUCCCAGCAUCCAAGCCCGGCGGCAGCGCCGCCGUGGCCUCGGGCCGUGAGAUCCGUCCCGGCGAGGCCUAGGCGACUCGCGACAGCUCCCGCACGGCGCUCCGCAAGGCCCCGAUGCAUC